CUUUUAAAUAAACUACAUAUUCAUUUAGCGAUACACCAAGUGGACAGCUCAGAGUUUCUUGAGUCAAAGAGAUGAAGAGCGUGUCAAGCAAGAAAAUGGAGAAUUCACAGAGGCCCAUGCUUCUAUUUUUAGGGAUAUGCAUUUUCUCAUUGCAGUGGAUGCUGACCCAUCAGGAAGUCAAUGUGGCCUUAGGAGGAGUAGCAACACAAUCUUCUGUACUCGAUAAUUAUUACCCUGCUUACUUUGCUAUUGAUGGCAACAGAGCAUCUGACGUGAAUUCCUACUCAUGUUCACACACAAAUUUUGAAAAUAACCCAUGGUGGAGGGUGGAUUUGUUGGCUGUGUAUGAUAUUAGCAGUGUAAUCGUCACUAACAGAGGCGACUGCUGUUCAGAACGGAUAAAUGGUGCUGAGAUUCACAUUGGCAACUCCUUGGUCAACAACGGCAACAACAACCCCAGAUGUGUCCUUAUCUCUAGCAUCCCUGCUGGUGCCUCUACAAAUUACACCUGCAACAUGAGGGGUCGUCGUGUGAACAUCAUCAUUCCCAAUGUUAUCCAGGCUCUCACGCUCUGUGAAGUGGAAGUCUAUGGGGUUCCAGUGCCUGUUACUAAGAGGGAAUUUCUGAGAUUGAAGUUUAACAGCAGUGAGGAUCUUAUGAACCCUACUGUGAGGGACAAAAUUCUUCAAAAGAUGAUAUCUGCCAAUGUCCAGCCUUCAGUGCGUCAGAUCCGUUGGACUAAGGAACCAGAGGUGGAAAAUGAAACUUAAAAAACGGUGGCAGAAAUAUAUCUGAAACAACAAGAAGAAGAGGAAGCAGAAGAAGAAGAAGUGUUCAAAGAACAAAAAGAAAAAAAAACAUCAAAUGUGUGAGGUUUUCCUUGUAGCACUUGGAACUACUAGCUAACUGAUGUUAUAGGUUUAUUAAUUAGAAGUACUAGAAGUUUUUUAGUAUAUUUGUUUGGGAAAUGUAGCUAUGAACAAUUAUUACCACAAGGUUUGUACAAGGUGCUUGAAUUUGUCAUUUGGAAAUUUAAAUACUGGAAAACCUUGAAAAUAGCCAUUUUGUUUUUAUGUAACAGUGGUUAAAAAGUGCUUGAAUGAUAAAAAGUCAAUAAAUAAAAAAUAACAAUCACUUUAAAGGGUUUAUUUUCAAAAGAACAUGAAUGCAAUCCUUUCACUCAAAAUAUGACUCCCUGCUGCAGCCCCUCCUCCUCCUGCUGUUCACUCAUUCAUUUUAACAGGGUCAGCUUCGGUCCACUUCUCAGACCCCUUUAUCAACUUUUUUUAAUUUAUUUUUUUAAGCACCUAGCGACAUAUCUAGCGACUUUUCAGACAAACCUUAGCUACUUUCCGUAGAAGAGAAAUGGUCAGUACUGCCCGGCGAGUGCGAGGUCCUGCUUUCAGAAACAGAAAAAAUAUGUAAAUGAGAACAGAUUUAUUGGGAAUUCGGCUGUAUUAAAAUUCAGCAUGUGAGCACAGAGAGUAGGAUAUAUCAUAAAGGGCUGAUACUAGGCAAUUAUUAUUAAUAUUUUUUUGGAAAUGAAGGAUAUGUUUGAAUGACAUCUCUUGUAUAGUCCUUGAAAACAAAACAAAACAAAAACAAAACAAAAAAACAGGGCUUGAAAAGUCUUUGAAAAUCCUGGAAUUUCAUUAUGAAGCAUCUGUACAGACCCUGUUAUAUGUACUAUGUGAUUGAUGUAUUAAACAUGCCUCUUGAUUUCUGGGUUUAGCAUAGUUAUACCUCGGUUUGAGUUUAAAACAAUAACUAGCAAUAUUCUACCAAUAAAUCUAGCUAAGUUUCUCUCACAAAUAUUAUUGAGUAGAUAAAGUACAUUCAGUAGCUUUUCUGGGAUAGUGAGAAUUUAGGUUAAUAUAGUAGAAAACAAAACACUCAUAUUAUCCUGGUUGUAAGAACUGCUCAUUCAUCUGUACACCUUUACAGUUUUCACUGCAGAUUAUCAUCAGCUUUAUUGAACAAUACUCAGAAUCCUUGUCACCUCCCAGCCAAUCAGUCAUGAUGAAUUUUUGUAUGGUUGGAAUCAUGUUUAAAACACAGAAAGUGCCGAGCUCAUGUAAGAAUGAGGUUUUACUCACUGGCAUAAAUGUGUUCACUUUAAACUUUGUUCCUUCCCUUAAACACUUACCUGCUUGAGAAUUUCCAAUGUUUGUAGAAUGAUGAUUCUCAGUACAGCACAGUACCAAAUAUUAAUGGGCUUUAAAUGAAUUUAUUUGUGACAAUUAUGGGAUUUUCUAAUAUGUCAACCUUUAUUUAUUUAUAACUACAUGAUUUUACACCAUCUUAUUUGGCUCAUUAAAGUUCAGAGCUUUCCAUUCUCUUAAUUCAACAUUUCCCAUUGUUAAUAUCAGAAUCUUAUUUAACAUGCAACAUAUUCAAUAAUCUGUAACUAAGACUCAAUAAAGAAAUUCUGAUUA